UGCUGCUCAGGGGCGGCGCAGCGCCGGUCCGGGCAGAGCAAGCGAGCCCUGCCCAUGAGCACAGGUCCUGGCGGCGGAGGAGCGGAGCAGAGCGACCACCACCCCCCUUUUUGUGUUGCCUAGUGCCGUUCAUGGGCCAGGGAACUGGACGAGAAACGAGAAGCAACAAAUCAGAGCUGCCAGUGAAUCUCAACAUGAAGGCAGCAGCAGAAGUAGAAAAGGAUACAGGGAAAGUUAUGAAGAACAGAGAUCAGAAGCUAAUAUCUGUCUAUGGUGUGGCAGACUUAAAUAAUGGAGCAAUUGGGCUGUACAAUACUGGACUGAGCUGCUGCCUGAACUCCUUGCUCCAAGUGUUUUUCAUGAACAGACACUUCACUGUGAUACUGCGAAGGAUCACAGUGCCAUUCAGCUCUGCAGAGCAGAGGAAGAAUGUCCCAUACCAGAUGCUCCUGCUGCUGGAGGAGAUGCAGCGUGGCAAACGGGAAGCUGUAUAUCCCUUGGAACUUUCUCGCUGUCUCUCACUGCACGGUGUGGAAUUGUUUGUCCAGCAUGAUGCUGCACAGCUAUUACUGAUCCUCUGGAACCUCAUUAAGAGUCAAAUCACAAACAUGGACCUGGUGGAAAGGCUGACUGCUUUGUACACUAUCUGGGUGCAGGAGUACCUGGUUUGCCAGAGGUGUUCCUUUGAAACAAACAGGGACAGCCACAUGAUAACUCUCCCACUCCCAAUGUUUGAUUCCAGAUCUUACCUGCUGAGGACACUGGAGGAUUCCCUACAGUGCUUUUUCCAGCCUGAACAGCUGACUGGCAAUGACAUGUGUUUCUGUGAACAGUGUAAGCAGAAAACACCAUGUCUGCAGGGCACAAGGCUAAAACAUCUGCCACUGACCUUAACCCUUCAUCUAAAACGGUUCUACUGCAAGAAAUCCACUAGGACUCAGAAGAUCAGCCAUUCACUACCGUUCCCACAAAGCCUCAAUUUCAAUGACAUCCUGACACAAGAGCAGUGUCACACAGAUGCCAAAGACAAGGUUGAUUGGCAGUAUGAUCUCUUUGCUGUUGUUGCUCACUUGGGAUCAGCCAACUUUGGCCACUACUGUGCCUAUACUCGGAGCCUUACAGACCACCAGUGGUACUGCUUCAAUGAUUCCAGUGUCUGCCAGGUAUCAUGGGAUGAUAUUAAAUGUACCUACGGAAAUGCGGACCUGCGCUGGGGUGAAACUGCCUAUCUCUUGGUUUACAUGAAAAAGAAUCCUCAACAGCCUCAUCCAUGAAAGUCUCAGGGCAGGCCCUGCCUUUACUAUGGAGGUAAAACACUCUUCAAGGAGAAUGUCUGAAAAUCCAUUUUUCACUGCAGAGUGAGAGACCUUUUACAGAGCUCCAUUUGCAGCCUCACAAUUUUUGAAUGAAGCCUAACAGAAGAGCCACUUGAAAAGAGGCCUGGACCUCGGCCACUGAGGUGCAUUGUAGAACUACAAGUUUCCCCUUUUGAUGUCCGUUUACUAGAGCCCUGGAUGUGUAUGAGACUCUUUGUAUUUAUAUAGCACCUUUUCUCCAGAAGGAUGUCCAAGAGAUUUUUGGAGAUAUCUUUGCAAGACUUGCUUGAUAGGCAACUACUUCUGGGAUGGAGCACAACAGGAAAUUGAUAACAACCCAGAGAUUUGCUUCUUAAAACAGGAAUUAUGGUAGGAGUUUUGAUCAAGUGGAAUCACAGGGAAUGUGUGGGUGUGUGUGGAGGGCCACUGGUGGAUAGGAAGUUCAGGAGGUCAGAUGGUGAUUAGGGACAUUUUGUCAUUGGCUUCACAAGAGAACAGGGUCAAGUGUUGUGGCUGAAAGGAAGUUCCAGAAGGCCAAUGUUUUCAAAGCUGAGUAACAAUUUUUCAGAAAGAGCCUUGAAACAGGGGAAGGGGAGCUAUAACUUCAGCAUGCCUAGAUUUUCUGUUUUUCCCAUCAUUUUUCUGAUUUAUAGGAAUUGUCCCUGUUGCUCACAGCUGCUGCAGCCAAUGACUGUACCCUUUUCCUCGUCCGCUUUCCACUAGCGAGCACAAUGAAAUCCAUGCAAAUGCUGGAGUGAGCUUGGGUAACAGAAGCAGUACAGCAGUGUAAGUGCAACACAAGCCAGUGCAGUUAGCUCUGUUGAGAGGCAGAGUGCAGGCAGUGCUGCACAAAUUCAGUAAUCCUGCUGCUGGUAUCCAGUUCAGGUAUCUUUGAAUGGCACAACAUUGUAAACGUGCUUUUAGGUGGAGCUGCUCCUCCAGUGCAUUUCUUGCUAACUCCUCAGCAGUGCUGGAGAGAGCAGCUGGUUAUAAAGUGAAUCCCAUGAUCCCUGCAGAAAAAUCUUCAUGCCCUGCUAUGUGCUUCUGACUUCCUAGUGCCUUUGGCUCAGAAUGGAUGCCUGUUGUUUAUGAAGAUCAAUGGGAAAUUAGGUGCAUUCUUUCAUUGAGGCCUCAGAUGCCACAGUGUCACAGGUCCUUGAACUGUGCUGUAAGAGAAGGGACUUAGCGGUUUUAGUGAAGUGGGUAACGGUCUCUUUAAGGGGAAGAGGCCCACCUUCUUGCAGCUCCACCCAACCUGGGGACUACAUAUGAGGUAAGCUAUGGAAGAUCGAGCAGUUUGUCAGACCACUAAAGAAGAUAAGAGCCCCAGUGACUUGGUGCCAGAUAGAUCCCAAUGGCUACGGAGCCUUAGAGCUGUGGAACUGAGCGGGGUGCAAGUAGGAGAGUGGCUAAAAGUGAGAAGAGGGACUGUUGGAGGCAGUCAGGUAUGGAAGUGGCCUGGAGGUGGACAAGUGCUUAGUUAUGACAGGGUAACACUCGCCAGAGAGGACCCUUUAAUGUUCUCCCAGCUUGAAUGGUAGGAGAACAUUUCUCACCAAUAAGACCAGUUAUUUGAUGUGCUGUGGUUGAUUUAGAAUAGUGUAUAGAAGAUUGUGGGGACUGUGCAGCUGCUGCACUAUUACCUGUAUUAUGGGGCUGGGCAAAAACCCAGAGGGUGACAAUUGAGAGUUCUGAAAUAGGCAUUGUCAUAUGCAGUCAGCUUUUAUCCUUACCAUUUUU